UAAAACUGGUUUUAUUUGACAGUGACAGUUUCUCCAAGCUAGGUUAGCCAAAAGAAGUCAUUAGCUUUACCUGCAACAUGCUAAACUCAAAGCUAAACUCUGCUGCGUUUGGUGCCGUGUUUGAGGGGUCAAACGGAGGGAGCUACAGACUGCGAGAGGAGCAAGUGCUGAGCAAAGCAAAGUGUCUCCAGGCUCAGCCCCUCCAUCCUUGGACUCCUGACUUCAUCAUGAUGCCUUCAGGGUAUCGGUUUUAUGCUCCGCUGACUGUGUUUAAUGAAGUUGCCAUCUCAUUCUGUGAUGGUGAGACCUGGAGGGAACAGUUCAAGUCCAGAUUGAAAUCCACAGAGUUACCUGAAGACUGUGGCCAACAUUAUGCUGAUGUUCUGGAGUUUAUCGAUGAUGUUCAAAAGCUCAGAAACAGCACAGUGGAUGUUGUGCAGCGGCGUCGAGGCUGCAGCCUAUCUGCUGAUGGCACUGUCUCUGGGUUUGAGCUCUGGGCUCUCAAUGGGAUGGACUUUCUGACCUUUGACCCUGGAAUUUCAGAAUGGACAGCCAGAUCCCCUACAGCGCAAAGAGUCCAACACCUCUGGAACCAAAACAAACCUAAAAAAUUUGCCUUUUCCCAUUUUAUUAAUCAUCGGUGUCCAGAGAUCAUGAGAAAAACAGUAUUAACCACACUCUCUGAAAACACAGAGGUGCAGAUUUUUGCCAAGCUCACGUCAGUAAACGAUGAAGUGCAGCUGAAGUGUCAUGUGACGUCCUCAGACCAAUCAGUGAGCUCUGUGCAUCUGAUUGGAGACGGUGCACCCAGAGUGAAAUGGGUGUCAGUGACUGCUCCUUUACCCGGUGGAGAUGGAUCUGUGGUUCUUCUCCUCACAGCUGGCAUCAGAGCAGAUCAGAGCAUUUAUCAGUACGGCUGCACAGUACAAACAGAGAAGGGAAAUAUCACAACAUUUUGGAACGGAAAAACUCUUAAUGGACAGCGCAUCUAUUACAGUUUAAGGGACAAGAUUCUACCUGCUGUUUUUGGAUGUGUUGCCAUCAUUGGAGUGAUCAUUGUCAUAUCCUGUACAAUGAUAAUUUUAUUGAAGUAUUUUAAAAUGAAAAAGCAGUCUCGACCUCCCCCAAGAUCAGAGCUCACACAGAAGCUUUAUGAAGAGGGUUUUAUCAAGAGCUCCACUUUGUAUCCAGACAUAAGGAACAUCCUACUGUCUUUCAUUUACGACUCAAGACGGCCAAAGACAGAUCUAUGACCAAUGGCGUGCAAUGAUGUGGACUCAAAACAACUAUGAUUCUGAAUUCUACCCUUUGCUAAAAUAACCAGAAUUGUAUUAAUUAUUCAAUACACAUUUCAAAGAGCCCUACAUUAUAUUUGCUUCAACUGUAACUAUGUUAAUACAGUGCAAAUAAAAGGUA